AUGGUGAAGUGCAGCUCUGGAGGAGGCUUCAGUUACGCGCUGUGCGGAUUCUCUCAAGUUUGUAUGGUACAAGAAGAAGACAUUGCCACUAUGAUCCUGGCAAUGUCGACAAUAGCAGAUGUCAUCAUGAUUUCUCGUACUUGCCAUGCAAUGCACCGAAUAGGACAGGGCGUUGUGCACCGUUGUUUCAGACGCAUUAUAUCGCCGUUCGCUUUCGACGCAUUUGACUUUUUGGUAUCAGCUCUUCGUCAGUCUGAAAGCCUAGUCACUGGUUCUGCUGCUCGCGCAAUGAUAACUGGGGACAUAUCUCAGGACAUGCGAGACCUUAACAUUCUAGUUCCGCAUGUCAAGUUUAAUGUUCUUCACGACUUUGUGACGGAAACUUAG